AAGAGAAAUUGGUCCAAUUUCCUCGUCAACAAGUGCAUACGUCGCUUGUGUAGGAUUUCUUGACAAUAUGGUCACUUUUUUAAUUCCAUGAAGGGUUCGCUACGGGACUUGUGGCUAAAAAUAGGACGGGUUGAAGGUGCACAAUAUGUAAAUACUUACUUGGCUGCAUUCCUCGGAUAAUCCUGUUACUUAAAACGAGACGAGGUAGGACGCAUGUAAAUACGUAUGUGUGUGCAUACAUAUUUAUCUGAUAAGAAGGAUAAUAUUCAGAAGGGUCCGCAAGGAAAAAUAAUGGUGCGUAUUUUUGGACGGGGUCCUUUUAAUACUCAACAAGGCAACCUGCUGCUACAGUACUCACUAGAAUUUUUCGGUAAAAUUUUGGCCAAUCUUAAAUGUAAGCGUCACCCUUGAAAAAUCCUUUGACCUUUAAUUUUUCGGCCGGGCGACUUUUUUGUAUCGUAAUGUAGACAAUUUGCUGGAUUUUUGGUGAAGUUAGACUAAAAAUGCAUUUUCCAUCCAGAAACUAAAAAUGAGACCACUUUUUUGUUCGUACACAGAGGUUUGUUUGUCAAUGUCGUGCUGCUAAAGCGAUUCUAUUCCUUCCAUGAAAAUAAGAAUCCAUGUACAAUCCAUGCGAAGAAUUUAGAUUUCUUAAUACCGAAUCCAAUCCAGUCGGUCAAGUGUGGUUUAGUACUUGUUGUGCUGUGAAUGUGAAUGAAUACACAAUUUAGUAGGCUGAGUUUUAAAUGCAUGCAUAAUAAUGAAUAAAAGCUGGUAAAGUUGGAAAGGUUUGGUGUCACAUGUCGAGACUGAAUUAAGGACGAAAACCUGAGUGCAUUUAUUUAUCAAGUCAGCAACAAGGAGCAAAAGUGUCAUCGAUCAAUCAUCAGGAACCAACCACUUACUUACACUUGUGGGGUUGGGCGUUGCACUUAUGCAUACAUAAAGUGACCCCGACGAUAAGGUCGUAUCAACGAGUGUAGAAUUAUGGAAUUGUGCGUAGUCUAGAGAGUUUUAGACAAAUUGUGACAUGAGUUAAAAAGUGCAUGGAUUGUUAAAACAUCGCUCAUUGUCUGGAUUUCGAAAAGUUUUGAAAUCUUAGAAGGAAAUUUUACAUUUUACUAAAAUCGAUUUAUUUCCUGACCGAAACCAGACUAGGCCGAUGUAUUCAUCUUAACUACAAUUAGCUAAAUAAAGCCGGCAUCAUUAUCACGACCUGGCGUGGAUUAAUUACUGAAAAAGAGGAGGAGGACCGGACUUGGUCGCCAUUAUCAUCAAGUGAUUCUACUUUGUCGUCAAAAUGCCGGCCGGUCACCUUCCCUCCUUCUCCCAUUUUCUCCCCGUAAGUCACUCCUUCUACAAUAACAAAGAGAGCGACCGCCCCACACCGAUGGAGCAGCUGCUCAUCUCGUCGAAAUCCAUGUCGAAACACGACGCCUCCUCCCUCCUCAUAAUCGACCUGAAUAAUAAUAAUUCCUCUUCCACGACAUCCCUUCACCACCACGCGCACUCGCAACACGACGACCUUCUCCUCCCCCUUGCCCCCUCCUCCGCCCAGUCCGCCGCUCCGGUCGAGCUCCUCGGGUGGGACUCGUCCACCUGGUCGUCCUCCGAAGAGGUCACCCCUCUCACCAACCUCCUCGCCGACCCGCUCUUCCUCCCCUUUGACACUGACUCGAACAAGGUGGACUGGGAGCCAUGCACCUCCUCGUCGGACGACCCUUUCGCCACGAGUCACCACCCCUCCAGCCAAGGCCCCCUCUCGCCAGGGGAAAUAAAUAGUCACAAUCACCACCACCUCAUCUGCUGGCCGUCGUCGCAGGACCAAGGACAGCUCGAUCAGAUUGACCAGACCCACUCCACCAGCGAUUCCAUCCUCCUCCGCAACGCGCUGACCCCGCACAACAGAAAAGUCCUCCUCUCAACGUACCCUAUUCUUAGUGAUGUAACCCUCGUCUCGAACACGGCCCUCCCCACGUCCUCGUCCUCCUCCUCGUCCCCCCAUUGUGAAGAGAACAGUGGGAGGAACGUGUACUAUGAACUGCUCGUCGAACCGGAAAUCGUGAUUCCGACACAUGUCGAAGAAUUGUCAAAGAGUAGACAUCACGAUGUCGGGUCACUGUCGACGUUGACCUUGACGGGUGCGGGGGGAGGAGUAAUCGCCGUCGGGGGAGCAGUGCCUUCCUCCACGUCAACCCUUACGAUCUCUACAACGACGCAUAGCAAUCAAUCUCUCAGUGCGAAGUGGACUUAUACAAUGACGAAUGCGGAUGGGACGCCGAAAGUGACAGGUCGGAAACGUGUCAAGAAAGCGGCAAAAAUGGUGACGAGUUCGUCCACGACGCCAACAUCGACGAGUAAUAAGCAGCAAAUUAUUUCCUCCACGACGACGACAACGACGCCCACGAUCACUUCGCUGCUAAAGGAAGGAUCGAACCAUUCCUCAUCGUCGCAGUCGUCUCACUCCUCCGAGUCGACGAGUGGUGGUGGUGGCGUAGCGGCGGCGGCGGCUGCUGCAAGGAAGGAAAGGUCACUUCAUUAUUGCACAAUCUGCUCGAAGGGUUUCAAGGAUAAGUAUUCGGUCAACGUUCACGUCCGCACCCACACUGGCGAGAAGCCCUUCGCCUGCGCCCUGUGUGGAAAAGCCUUCCGCCAAAAAGCCCAUUUAGCAAAACACCAUCAAACCCACGCUGCCAAAGCGGCCGGAGGACAUCACGGGGGACACGGGAAUUUAAACAAGAGCAAAAGUGGCCUAAAUAAAGGGGGUGGAGGAGGGAUUAUUGUCGCCGGUGGUGGUGGCAGCGUCCUCCCCGCGACGACCUGACAUUGGGCAGAGGUGGGAUAAAGUCCAGCAGAGAUUUACAUAUUUUUAGUGUGCCAAUUGAUGGAAAAUCGAGAUUUUUUAUGUAAUGCAACGAAAUGGAGUUCGAAAAAUUGUAUAGAGUAAGAUUUUAGUUAGGAAUUUUUACAAUUUGAAAUUUUUGGGUGCUAUUUACUUCGAGAGAGAGAGGAAAUUUGUUACAUAAUUUAUAUCGUUUUUUUUAUAAACUGAAAUGUUUCUCAUCAUCCUUUAAAUAUUUUUUUAUAACUUUUUCUCUCCGUUAUAAAUGUAAUAUUUUAUACAAAAGGUGCGUUUAUACUUGACUCGUUGUAUUAUUAGUAACUUGCGCCAAUGUUGUGGCGCAAGUAUCUUCAAAUUACCUGAACUUCGUCGUCUCAGAUAACCACUCAUCAUCGUAAUAUUAAUUAAUUAAUUAUUUACCCAACAAAAAUGUGAUCAAAUACAAGAAUCCUUCAUUUACUUAAUUAUAUACACUGACAAUUAGUAAUGAAUUAAUUACUAGUUAAAAUCCCUUGGAAUAAUACUCGUCUCAAUCUCAUGAAUCCAUCAAUUCACAUCUCGUUAAUCAAAUUGAUCGAAUAUUUAAAGAUUUCUUCCCUUAACUCUGUGUUUAAAUAUUACGAUUUCUUAUAUAUUUUGUCAUAAAACAUUUUUAAGUAAUAAUAUUUAACAUUAAAGUUUUAGCGAAAGUUUCCACUUUUUCGUAUUUGUUUUGUACUUUUCUAUAUUUUCGAUAUAGUAAAUCAAGUGGAGAGAUAAGAUAAGAGUAAAUAAAUGAUAAAGAGUUAAAAACAGAAA